GUCAAAGUCCAAUGCCUUCUUCUCUGAAGACAUCUCAUUUCCUCCUUUUCGAUUCGUUCGCCAUGACAGUUCCGGAGAGAUGACUGCGCGAAUUGAAAGUAUUCUCGCUGCCAGGAGCCCUUCCCUUACAGAUGAGAAUGACUGGGAAGAGUUCACCUUGAGUGAUGUCAAGGUCCGGGUUCCAGGCAAGGUCCGAUACGCCAAUCUCCUGUAUGCGUCUCCCGAGAACCCCGUCUCUGUCACUGGACAGUUAGAACUGGUCGAAGAACAUCAAAAGCCUCUAGUUUUGGAUGAAAAUUAUCGCGCGAAACGAGUUAUCAUUGAAAAUGUGACGCACUUUGCUUAUGGCCAACAUGACGAUGGGGAAGUCGGAAUUUGGGUCGCUGGAAAGCCGGGGUGGUUUUCGGUCUCUCCGGCCAAGGGCUACAAAGCGGUAUUCAACGAAAUGGUCGAAGCUGUUGAUCUUUUAUAUUUUAUAACAGACAAACACCAACCAAAGGGUCGGAAGAGAAAGCAGUGGAAUCCUAAACUGGACUACCUCCUUGAUCAAUAUAUAAAACACACGCAUGAAGCAUGCGAGGACGCAGAUGAUGCUGCUGAGGUGUUUGACAAACACCAUGCUUUUCUUAUGAAGCAAAUGUUUCAGGGGAGAGAAGGCAUUGACUGGGAUACUACGCCUAUCUACAAAUAUUUUCGGGACAAAUACAAGGAAUUAUUCCAGGAACUAGAAAAUGAAUCUGCCAAGGAAGGUCCUAUCAACAUCACCGGCGACGAAGAGGUUGAGGAUGAUAAUACCGAAUCACCGGAUGCUGUUACCGUUGAAAGAACGCAGGCCGAUACUGUAUUUGAGGCUAUUCUUGAUAUGCGGAAGUCAAAACAAGGCCUCAAACCGCAACUGACAUUGAAAACUGUCGCAGAAUACUUGCUAAAGCGCUUUGAGAUGGUUUCCUUAGAUUAUGCUAUUGAUCUAAUGAAAGCACGUGCAAGUUAUUUGAUUGAGAUGAUGGAUAACGCGAGGAAUUCAUCCUCCGUUGACUGGUCCCGGAAAACGAUUUAUAAACAAUUAAAAAAAGCGGAACGUUCGGCCAGCACCCAAGACGUCUGCAACACUCCCUUACAUCCUCGCCCUCCGGAGGACCAAGAGAAUUCUUCAUCUUCUCCCGAAGAAAGCGACGAGGAGGAACUUCCAAGGCAGAGACGAGCACGUAUGUCAAUUCUUCGGCCGAAAUUAAGUUCUGUUCCUAUGAAGCGUGCUGGAAAAUCCGCCAAGCAACCCCCAAGUGAAGCUUCCGACUCGGAGGAAUUAGAAGACAUGAAUCUAAUCGAAGAUACACCGACGCGACCUGGAGGACAUCACAUGACUCAAGAACCGUUGCCUCCGAGAGUAAAUGAGCUUGCGCGAUCCGUCAUCUCUAUUUCCGACUUAGAAACAUCAUCUCCUCACGCGAGGUCCGUACAGGAGGCUGUAGAGCCACCUGGCAAAACUGGACCCUUUAUCAAUGGCAAUUCCACAAUGCCAUCUCCAGCACUGGCGCCGCCCGACGUUAAUCACCCCCCAGACACAUGGAUUUGUUCCGUACAUGGAUGCGGCAAGGCGGUCUACAAAGCUUCCUCGAAGCGAUCCAAAGAAGUAAUCCUUGACCACUCACUAGUGCAUGCUAAUGAUACCCAGACAAAGCUGAACUUAGUGUUUGCUGAGCAACGUCUGAAUGUCAAUGCUUCCGUGGACCAUCUCCUAAAUAGAAUUCGCGAUUUUGGAUCCCUUCAAGAAGACGCCGGCGAUGGGGAGAUAGAUUCCGGCUCGAAGAAGAUAAAAGUCCAUGAAUGAAACCUAUACCCAAACUUUAUCAGCCUUGGUGGUUUUAUACUUGGUGCUGUUUUGCAAGAUUAUAAUGAAAUUCCAACCCGUAUACCCUUGACAAUGGUUUGGCCGUACUUUCUCCGCAUAUCACACAAUACCCGGGACAUUUCUUGCUAUAGCCAGGGUUGUCUUCCCGCAUAUCCCAGCUUUGGGGCACCUUCUCAUCCUGCUCCCCCAGGAAGUUAGGACAUGGGCAUCCACAGCUCCAAGGAUAUGAAGACCUCUAAUAUAUUUUGCAGUGCUCCCUGCAGAUCUUCCAUUUCCAUCCCAGCAAUCACACACUGGUAUUCUAAACAGCUGUCAGUUUACUAUGCAAAUAACGUUUUGCACCUUUCA